AUGGAUAUUGUUUGCAAACAAGCCGUUCUGGCCAUUGUGGGCACCGCUGGUUCCAAUUGCGAGGCUGGGUUGCCUCGAUCCCAUCCAGGAGCGCCUCGGAUAACUCCAACUACCGCUGAGGUGGGCGGGCGCACAUUUAUGCUGGCACAGCCGUCCCUGGAUCUAGUCCUUGGGAAGACAAUAUAG